CCUGCAGUUACCAGAAGUUCGGCAUCUUGUAAUUCCUUGGGGAAAGCUCUUCAUCCCAGAGGAUUUAGGAGGAAUCAGAUUACAGUAUCCGAAUUAGUUGUCAGAACCUCGUCAUCUUGUAAUCAUAGCAAGACGGCAGGACAGAAAUACUGCCGCGUUUCCUGACGUCUCAAGCCUAAUAUAGUAAUAGCCGGACGACGGCACGAAAGAACUGCUGACGCCAGAAGUACACCCUCCCCUCCAUCCUUCCGACGCAGCGCACCGACUGUGAACUCAUUUCCGAGAAUUCUAAAAAAGCGCACGGACUGUCAACUCAGUGAGCCACUACGCUGCCUGGCCUUGCAUAGGUUCUACCAGUAGCAACUGGCGUUGUAUUUUGAGUCGACUCGAGUUACACGCGACACAGAAUACACCCGACACAGCGCGCUUAGGCACUACGCUGCCUGGCCUGGCGUACCUACUAGUAUAGUAGCUGGCAGUGUAUUUUAAGUAGCAGCUGGCAGUGAUCAUGGUUCUCCCGGUGCGGCACCGCAGGGCCCCCAUGUCGCAGAACCGAUUUCCAGCGUUGUCACUUAUGGUGCUCGCAUGCUUCGUCCUCCGCCUCACUCCCGCCGUCUGUAAAUCAGACGGCGCCGGCGGUGCGCGGGUGAAUCGCGUGUCGCUGGUGGGACGCGUGGAGACUUUCGAGGGGCAGCUCGACUACUACCUGCCCGAGGAGAUCAGGAACCACCCAGAGCGCUCGAAUAUCCCCAUCGAACGGCUGGGAUUCGCGCUGGAUGCGCGGAAUCUGACGAACGUGAUGCUCGGGUUUCACGAGCCUAACGAGCGGUACGGGCUGAAGCUAUCCUGCCACGGGCCCCCGUGCCCAAGCUUCGGCAGCUGCAGUAACAGCAACAGUGACAGUGACAGAGACAGUGAUAGUAACGGUAGCGAUUACGGUGGUGGUGGUUACCACACUUCUCCAAACGUCGAAGCGUGCUGGAAUCCGGGGAUGGAAGAUUUGGGGCAGGUGUUUCUCCCCGCGCCGGUGAACUGCCCGAAGUCCGAAACUUUCGAACUGCCCGCGCGGCCCUACAGCGGGCGGGACAAAACCUGCUCGCACAAGCAAGAUUUCAACCCGCGCGAUCCAACGGCUCUGCAGGUGUUCAGAUUGCGCCACGUGUACGUCAGCCAGAAGGGCUUCGUUUUCAACGCAUCGCACCAGUUCGUCCACAACGGCUGCGCGCGGCUCGCGAGCGAAGCGCGUUUCCCGGCGUCGCACCCGGUGCACCGCGUACCGGCGGUGUUCAACUGGGCGUACGGCCCCGGAGGGAACUUCUACCACUUCCUCAUCGAGGGUCUGCCGUCGUUCCUCGUGGCGUCGACGGUGCUGCCGUCCAUUCUCAAGGACACGCCCAUCCUGGCUAGACUCGGCCAGUGGCGGAUGUACGACCGAGUGGGGGCGGCACUAAUCGGUGUGGAGAGGGGAAGCAUGAGAGCCCUACCUGUGGAGUCUGGCGAUCUUUUCCGUGUUGACACAGUCUACCAGCCCAUGCUGCAGGACUGUGGCCGUCCCUCCCACUCCUUAUGGACAAUGCUGCGCCGGCGCCACCUGCUGCACCCGCAGGGGAUCCCCCUCUUCCAUCCCAACUGGACCUAUCGGGCCCUGUCUCCCCUCACUGCGGCACAGGCGCAGGCCCUUCCCCCUGAUUGGGUGGUGGUGGUGGCCAAGCGACCCGUUAAGAAGCGAUCCAUUACAAACUUCAACGAGGUGGAGCAGCUGGUAGAGAGAAUGUUCCCAAGGGAGAGAAUUGUGGUUUUCAAUGGCUCACUCUCAAUACUAGAAGCUCGGGAUUUGUUCCGGCGGACGCGUCUAUUCAUAGCCGGCCAUGGGGCUGCCCUCACCAACGUUAUCUUCAUGCCGGAAAAGGCGUCCGUGCUCGAAAUCAGACCCGACGGGUGCGAGAUUGUGUGUUACAACCACCUAUCGUACGCAUGCACGCUUACCUACCAUCUCAUAUUCAGCCAUGGGGGCUGCUAUGACACUGUUGAAGCUGACAUCCCAACUGUGGCCACAACGCUGGAGUCCAUUAGUAGGAGAUUUGGAGAAGAAGAUAGAAAACAAGGCCUUGAUGGCAGCUAUCAAUAAACUUUCAUGUCAGAGUAUAUAUGUUAUCUUAUGAAGACAGAUGUGCCUACAGCAUAUGCAAACGCUGUUUAAUGUGAUGUGACCAUAUUUA